UCGCUACUUCGGCACACACGCGUUUUUCCCAAAUCGUGCUUUUUUUUUAAAUUAAUUAAUUAAUUUCGUUUAUACCAUUUCGGCCAGCGUUAUGAUUGCAAAACUAGCUCCCAAGUAGAUUGAGAACCGGUCCCCGCGUUCGGAUGUGAAAACCGCUGGGAGACAGUGUUUUUUAAAGCAAAUUGGUACGAAUGCCAGAGUUCGGUUCGUGUCGCUGCGCGCGUGUAUGUGUGUAGAGCGAAGAGGAGAAGCGAAGAAUUGCGAAAGCAGAAAGAAGAGUGCAAAAGAGGAAGCACAAAGACAAAAGGAAGGCGAUAAAAAGCGGACAGCGGCAGUCCGGCGAUCAAACGAACGGCGGGACGGACGGCAUGCAGCAGUCAGGAGGAGUGCGUGUCAUCGUGCAACCAUAUCUAUCAAUUCCCCUUACCCGUCAGUUGUGGCGCCAAACACAGCUCAGUUUAGUUUUUAUAAAAUCGCCGCGUGUGUGAAAUCUCAGCAGAUAGAAAAAAAAUCCGAAAAGUAAAAAAAAACCACGGCGGCGUGCGUAAGCGCUCAUACAUACACUCGCUCAUAUAGCACAGACAGAGCGUGCACACACACACGCACAGACAUUUACUCGCAGUGCUCCCGUUAUUUGUAAAAAUUUUUUUUAGUUGAGUUUUGUUGUUGUGUGUGCUGCGCUUCCUUUCGGUUGGUGUCUCUCUUUUGUGCCGUUGCUUCGCCGGCAAAAGAGCGAGAGGGACCUGAAGAGUGGAAGAUUGGAAGAGUCCAGAACCCGAAACCAAAUUAAAACCACAUAAUGUCAGACCCUGAGGAUGGUCAAAAAGUGCAGCGCGGUCCUGGGACCAAAGCUAGACCGGCACCCUUGCAAGCGGCGACGCCAAACCAGUUGCAUCCCUUGACGCCGUUGAAGGAGGUGCACGAACAGGAGGAAGAGGAGGAGGAGACCGCGGGAGCCAGCAACAACAACACCAUCAUGGGCAAGAUGAAGAAGCGUUUGAGCAUUCUGCCCGCCGCGCUAAGCGGUUGGUUCUCACCCUCAUCGAAACCGGAUGCUGCAGCCUCCUCCCCGCAACAGGAGCUGCACCGCCAACCCAACGGAUGCACCAAACGAAAACGCGGUCGCCGUCGCAUCGUCCUGGCCGAGGCAGAUGCUGAGGCCGACGACGUGGACGAUGGCAGCGAUGCCAGGGGCCUCAACUACGAAGAGGUGGCUCUGGCCGAUAAUAUAACCGAACAUGACCUGGCCGCCGAGGAUGAGCAGACGCGGCGAAGCGAGUACAAUGUGUUUCUGCUACGCAGACAGCGGGAUGCUCUCGCUGCGACUGGCGGCGAGGAGGAUGAUGUGGAGGAGGACGAUGUCGAGGAAGAUGUGGAGGAGGAGGAAUGCGACGAGGAGGACGAAGACGAUGUACAUGGACAGGUGGCGAAGCGUCAACGUCUGAAGAUGGAGACCACUGUCAGCUUACCUCAAAUGCGUCGCAUGCCCUUGAGUUCAUCCACGCCCGCUGCUUCUCUGGUGCCCGCAUCCGUGUCUGUGGGUGGCGCUCGGAGCAAUAACAACCAGUUAGCUCCACACCGUCGCACCCACCUAAAUUUAUAUCAAAAUCAGCGAAACCGCGAACCAGCAUUUAACUUCUUCACCGGCAACGAAGCUGCCGCCGAGGGGACUACCGGCGAUUUGCCUCAAAGUAACCGGCGUUCACUGAACAUACCUUUUGGGAUCGUCGCCGGCGGCGGCGGCGGCGGCAGUACCAUCAGCAGCGCCACUAGCCGCAACAACAGCAGCUUAUCCCUCUCCAGCCUGCCCAAUCACAAGCGACCUCCGCUGAUGAUGGGCAAACGUCCUGAGCUUCGUGACCGGAACCUUAUCAAUUCUAGUGGCGAUCGUCAGCACGAUCUCAUUAUAAACAACAACAAUAAUGUGGAGAAGCCAAGCAGACAAAUUGAUUUGGGUUCUGGUGGCACAACCGCCCCUAGCGGCGGAGGAGACUCAAACUCCGAGAGCGAUCACGUUGAACUUAACUUCCACGACAACGGGGAUGCUCACCACAACCACAACAACAGCCACUUGGAGUUUUACGGUAACCUGCAGAGUACUAAAUCUCUAUUCAAUAGAACCAACGCCCAGCCCACUCUGCACAAUUCCACGUGGUCCCUGAAUUCACUGAGCAAUCGGCGGACAUUCAACGCAUCGAUAUACGGCAGCACCUCGGCCCUGAGCGACAGUCGCCUGCUAAGUCACAGGGGCUCAGCAGCAUCCUCCGCCAGUUCAUCAAGCUCACCCUUUUACCAAGGACCCACUGCCUUUGGCGGCAACUCGGCAAAUAAUCGCUUCUUUAAUCGCAGUUCAUCGGCCGCCCCCUCCUCCAACUCCAACUCCCUGCUGGGUAACAAUUCUCGCUUCAGUAUGCCGGGCAUCGGAUCUGGUAGUAUUGGCAUGAAGCCAACAGAAAUGCGCUUUAAUAAUCCUGCAGAGACAAGUGGUAGUAGCUCCGCCAUAUCGAAAACCACGCAUCGCAUCCUUCACCUGCUGGACAGGUACUCCACGCCGCUGAUUGAUGUCAAGCGCAUGGGCAGUGUCCUCAAGGAGCACCAGAGCAGUCGCAAGAUGCGCAAUAGUGCGCCAGCAGGCAGUCCCUAUUCUCUGCCUCGCAAUUCGACGAGUAUAACUGGAUCCUUGCAGAGUCCUGUUGCCGAUUUGGCGGAGCUGCGCUCGAACAAAUUACUAUUGCCCACAAUGCAGCAGCUGCUGGAACGCCGGUGUCUGAACCGGGUGACUACCAACACGCGCAAUUUGAUGCAGAUGCCCAAACAGAGUGUCCCAGUAGCGGAGGGCACUGACACAGUGGUAAAGGCUGCAACAAAAACGGUGCCAUCAUCGGUGUCCGCGGCGACGCCGGUUGUGGAUCAACCGUCCAGCCAUAGUCAUCGUUCGUACAAGAUGCGUUCAAAGCUCUCACACCAGGCGCAGGGGCGAAGCAAGGAGGUGCGCGAGGAGGAGGCCCCUCCACCUCCGCUGGAUCUUCCCCAGAUCAGUUUCCCGGACAUGGCCAGUACGCCCAAGUUCGAUCUGGUUAUUGGGAAGACCCCCGGAUCCCACAAGGCCGACGUCCCAACGACAACGGUAAGCAAGGACAACAACAGUAAUACCAACAACACCUUAAAAAAGACCAACUUUCUGGUCAAUCCGCAACCGAUAAACGAUGUUAGCCUUGCAGCGAAUGGAGCAAGUGUCACGGCAGCCAAACGUAGCUUUACCUUCGAAACACCAACGCCACUAUCGUUCAACUCGCAGAAUACCUCUGCGGCCCAGCUUAAUGUUAUUAAACGUGGCUUUGUCUUCUCAGCGCCGAUUCCUCUUGAUGCCGAAUCAAAGCAAGUAAAGGCGGCGAUGAAUGGCCUACCACCGCAGGGCUUCGGUGAACAAUUCAAGAAAUCGGGCAAAGAAUGGGACUGUGAUGUGUGUAUGGUGCGUAAUAAGGCCGAGGCUGGCAAGUGUGUGGCCUGCGAGACGUCUAAACCGGGUGGGGUCAAGGCUUCUCCAGCGGCAACAACUACUCUCUUUGAACAAUUCAAGAAAUCGAGCAAGGAAUGGGACUGCGAGGUGUGUAUGGUGCGUAACAAGGUCGAGGUUGGGAAGUGCGUGGCCUGCGAGACGCCCAAACCAAAAGCAACUGCUCUGGCAGCUCCAUCUCCCUUGCCUCCGAUUGUGCCCAUUGGUGGAGGCUUUGGAGAUCGUUUUAAGAAGUCGUCGACUGCCUGGGAGUGCGAGGCCUGCAUGGUCACCAAUAAUGAGGCGGACAGCAAGUGCAUUGCUUGCAUGACUCCACGGAAGGCGGCGAUGCCAACAACGAAGAUUAACAAUUUCCCAAUGACAUCGGUGUCCGGUGUUGGUUUUGGGGAUGCCUUUAAGCUCAAGACCGGUCAGUGGGAGUGCCAGACUUGCAUGGUGAUGAAUGAAUCAACUGCCUUGGAGUGCGUGGCCUGCCAGACUGCAAAUCCCCGUCUUGGCAGCUCUGAGCCAUCCUCGAGCUCAUCCUCAUCUUCGUCUUCCUCGGCGUCCUCUUCAACGGCGUCGGCACCAGCCUCACCGCGCGCCGCCAACAGUGUCACCUCCAGCACCAGUUUUAAGUUUGGCUUCACCCCUGGAACUGUUGCUGCUGUUGCGCCCAAGCAGGAUGCUGGUUUCCAGCAGCUGGUGGCUGCCCAAAAGACCGCCAGUUGGAAUUGCGAUGCAUGCUUGGCCCAGAACGAAAUGUCGCGCAACAAGUGCCUCUGUUGUGAGCAGCUUAAGCCCGGCAGCAGUCCCACCAGUACUACCAGUACCAAGAGCAGCGGCCUGACGGUUCCUGGAGGCGGCAGUUCGGUACCAAAGUUUACUUUUGGAUUUGCCCCUGUCCAGCCAUCAAAAACUGGCUUCACCAAGGAGGAAACAAAGGCAACGACGGCCACUUCAAGCACAGAGGAAACGGAUGCAGCAGCAGCUCCAGCUCCGGCAUCAGCUCUAACCCAGCCGUUUGCAUUUGGAGCGCCACCUACUUUAAGCUCUGCCAGCUCAAGCACCGCCACGACCACCACCGCCACCAUUAGCAGCACUCCGGCUUUAGGUGGCUUUAGCUUUGGUGCUCCAUCUUCCUCCUCCUCGACGGUGUCCAGCUCUAGCGCCAACUCAAUGCCUGUUGCCAAGCCCAUGUUCAGCUUAUCGGGAGCGGGAGGAACUGCUAGCGCCGUGAGCAGCACCAGUAGUAGCCAGCAGCCGGCAUCCAAGACAGAGGCUUUUGGCUUUGGUGUCAGCAAUGCCAUAACGACGACCACCACCUCAUCGACAGGCUUUUCCCUAAAGCCAUCAGCAACCCCAGCGACAGCCCUACAGUUUGCUGUCAUUCCAGCAUCUGCUGCGGAUCCAGCUCCAGCACCAGCUGCAGCUGCAGCUGUAGCUCCUAGCUUUAGCUUUGGCAAUCCACCGAAAACAGUGUCAACUCCAGCCGCCGCCGGUACCUUCUUCUUUGGCCAGCCACUGGCGAGCACUUCAGCGCCACCCGCAGUCAAUGCCGGCGUCAGCUCAAUUUUCGGAUCAACAGCAGCAGUCAGCACCAGCAUCAGCACAGCAGCCGCCAGCUCAGUCAGCCCCAAUAGUACUGCCGUCGUGGCCCCAUCUAAUCCACAGCCGUUUAGCUUUGGAACAGCUACUAAGAAACCCGAGGAGACGACAACGGCAAAGCCCUUUGUCUUUGGCUCCGGCGGAUUGGGAGCAACAACGACGACGACGACGACAAUGCCUAGCUUUGGCUGGCCCAGUAAUGGAGCCACGGGGAUGAACAGCAGCACCAGCAGCGGCGGCAGCAGUGCAGUCACCAGCACAGCGGCGGUGUCAUCCUCACAGGGUAUUAUGAUGACCCAGCCUAUAUUUGCCAGCAGCAGUGCUAUGUUUGGAGCUCCCAGCAGCAUUACCAGCAGCAGCAGCAGCAGCUCACUAUUCGGUUCGACGGCCACAACAGCGGCAGCCACUCCGGCGGCUGUUAGCUUGGGUGGAAACGGAGGUCUUGCCACCGUCUUUGGAAAUGUGGGUAACUCCAUGGUGGCGCCCGUAGCCACACCAGCUGCAACGCUUGCGACUGCUGCCUCGGGGCCGCUGGCCAAUAUCUUUGGCAAUCCCACGGCCAUUGCCGCGCCAGCUUCAUCAUCAUCAUCGUCAACAUCGGCGUUUGGAAGCGGCAGUGGAGGAUUUGGACAAGGCGCUGCUGCAGCCACGACCCCGGCAUUGGGCCAGGGAGGAGGAUCAACGAAGCCUGCAUUUAACUUUGGAGGAGCAGUAGCUGCCACGGCAACUCAGUCCUCCGGUGCUCCAUUCAACUUUGGCUCCAGCACUGCGGCAGCCGCCAAGCCAACAUUCAAUUUUACGGGUUCGGUAACGACGGCCUCUACACCGCAGGCGGGCGCAUUUACCUUCACGGCAAAUCCAACGGCCGGUCCUCUAGCAGCCGGCGAUGCCCAGGGUAUCUUUCGGUUUGGUGCUCCAUCAGCGGCGGCGGAAAUAGGAGGAGCGGGAUUAGCGGGACCGGGAGAAGCCGCUGCCUCCACCUCCUCCUUUGCAAUUGGCGGUGUGCCGCCGAUGUUCAAUUUAAGCUACGCAACGCCGCAAACAGAGAUGCAGCUUCAAUCAGCCAGCCGGCCAGUCUGCCCAAAAUUCGCAGAUGGUUCGUCGCAAGGUGCGUACUCCUAUGCGCCGCCUGCCGCCCCGGUAGAAAUGGCAUCGCAAUCGGCCGCCAAGGUAGCUGCUGUUCAGGCCGCCAUAAAAAUAAAAUUGUCGAAUGCGAUGAAGAGGAAGGUGGAGGAGGAGAAGGAGCGAGGGCCGCAGCUGCUGGAGAUGGAGCGGCUUCGAAAGCAGAGUCUGAUUAACAAGUACCGUUAUGUGCGGGGAGUAAAAAGUGCAGCAGCAGCAGCAGCAGCAGCACCAAGACCACCACCACCACCAGAAGUAGUCAAAACAGCAGUAGCCUCCGCAUCAGCAUCCCAGGUGACAGGUGUUCGACUUCCUUUUUUCAAUAGGAACAUCAGCAUCAGAAACAACAACAACCGAAGCCAAGAUGCUCCCCAGAAUAUCAGCUGGGAAGACAGCAACAACCGGGUGGCAUCGGCCACACAACCGCAGUGGACGGGAAGUGGAACUGCCCCCGCUACUGGAGCCAAUCGACGCAGUCUCUUCAAGUAUGUGCGAUGCGACACUAAAGCGACGACGGGAAGACGCUUCUCAACUGACUGAAACACACACACACCAGAGCCUCGAUGAUGUGUAACGACUUCUUGACUUGACCGGGCCACAAGGAGGAGAAUAGACGUAGCCGUAAACACACUGUAAAACGUAUAUACACACAGCGCCACAUACAUAUAUAUAUAUAUAGUCUCUACUAAUUCCUAAUGAUUUUUUCUUGGAUAGUUCACCGUUUAUGUUUAAUUAAUGAAUAUAUUAUAAAUGUUUAAAACUCAUAUUUUUUUUUUUUUUUGUUGAUGCUAUAACCUGCUAUAAUUCUGUAUUGUAUCUAUAUAUCUUCACAUAUAUAUACAUAUAUAUUUAUAUACAUAUAUAUUUAUAUACAUAUAUAUUUAUAUAUAUAUAUAUGGUGUAAGGAGAACCACGCGGAUGACCGGCUUUAAAUUCAUCCGCAAGGCUUACCAUGUGUAAAUUGUAAUCUAAUUUUAUCCUUGUAGUUAUUGUCAUUGCAAAUUAUUUGUGGUUCUCCCAGGCAUAUACAUACAGAAACACACUUUUAUAUGUAUAUAUUUAUAUAUAUAAAUACAUGGGUAUACAGUUAUUGUAGUAGUCUUAAUUUAACGAUAAUUAUGUAAUAAUUAUUUUGUGAAAAUGUAAAGAAAAAUAAGCGAAUCGGCAAGCAAGAGUUGUUGCAAAGAGCAAGAGAGAAAAUAGCGCAAAAAGUAAACUAUAUUAUAUUAUAUAUAUAAAUAUGUAUACAUAUAUAUGUAUAUUUAUAUAUAUAUUAAAGUGGGUAAUCCUGUUUAGACAAUGACAGCGAGGCGGAGGCAGGGCAGGACUUGAGGUUUAGCUGUAAGAGUUGCAUUAAGUCUUAGUUCUGUUAUUGAUUUUAGAAUUACAAAAAAAGGAAAACCCAACAGCAGCAACAACAAACAGUAAUGCAAACCAACAACUAUCUAGCAACGUAAACAAACAAAUGAAACCUAUAGCUACUGAUAAGGAGAGCGAGCGAGGAGCUCGGCCAGGUGGCGACCGAACAGCGAUGAUGUGCAUGUCCCUCACAUCCACACACAUAUGUACACAUGGCCGCGAGACACACAUUGAAUAAAUAUAUAUAUAUAAAUUAUAAUUUUAAAUUGAUCAUUAAGUAUAUAAUAGAAAUGGAAAUCAGAAGAUCAGUCUUAGAGUCGAGUAAAAGUUAUCAUAAUGUAAAUAAGUAAAUAUAUAUGCGGUAUGAUAAUUUAAAAACAAAUACACAUGUGAGAUGAAUUAAUA